ACUCCAUUCCAAUUGAAAAUGAAACCCUAAAUUGAAGCUCCGUUUGUUCCUCUCCAUCAUCGCUCAAAUGUCAUUCUUAAGGUUCACCUUUCGAUCUUCUUCUUCUUCUUCGUCUCCCAUUUCUUACUUAAGGCGAUUUUACUCUCACUCUCCAUUUCAUGUUAAUAACAAUGUUGAUAAUGCUGUUUCUUCAUUCCAUAGCAUGCUUCGUAUGAAUCCAACCCCAUCCAUCGUACAAUUUAACAAGAUUUUAACUUAUCUUGUUAAGACGAAACAUUACCCCACUGCUAUUUCCCUUUCUAACCAAUUACAAUUCAAUGGAAUUAUGCCUAAUGUUGUUACUUUCAAUAUAUUGAUCAAUUGUUACUGCCACCUUCGUCAAAUGUCUUUUGCCUUUUCUAUAUUAGCUAAGAUUCUCAAGUUGGGUUAUCAGCCCAAUGUCAUAACCUUAAAUACUCUUAUCAAAGGUCUGUGUUUCAACGAUAAGGUGAAAGAAGCUCUGCAUUUUCACGACCAUGUGCUUGCACAUGGAUUUCACCUCGAUCAAGUUAGCUACGGGACCUUGAUCAAUGGACUCUGUAAAAUUGGGGAAACAAGAGCCGCCUUGCAAGUUCUAAGACAAAUUGAAGGGAAAUUGGUCAAGCCUAAUGUGGUAAUAUACACCACAAUUAUUGACAGCCUGUGUAAAGAUAAGCUUAUAAGAGAUGCUUACGAUUUAUAUUCUGAAAUGAUUGCAAAGAAUAUUUCUCCUAAUGUUUUCACUUACACUUCUCUAAUAUAUGGAUUUUGCAUUGUUGGUCAAUUGAAAGAAGCAUUUGAUUUGUUCCAUGAAAUGCCAUUGAAAAACAUCAACCCAGGUGUUUAUACUUUUACUACACUGGUCGAUGCUCUAUGUAAAGAAGGAAAGGUGAAACAAGCUAAAAAUGUGAUAGCUGUGAUGAUGAAAGCAGGUGUGGAACCUAAUGUUGCUACAUACAGUUCAUUAAUGGAUGGGUAUUGCCUAAUCAAUGAAGUGAAUAAGGCCAAAGAUAUAUUUAACACUAUGGCCCAAAGAGGAGUGAUGCCCAAUGUUAAUUGCUAUAGUGUCGUGAUUAAUGGGCUGUGUAAAAUUAAAAUGAUGGAUGAAGCCAUGAAUCUCUUCAAAGAAAUGCAAAACAAUAAGAUUAUUCCUAAUACAGUAACUUACAGUUCUCUAAUUGAUGGUUUGUGCAAAUCAGGGAGAAUCUCUCAUGCAUGGAAACUUUUUGAUCAAAUGCAUGAUAGAGGUCAACCUGCUGAUGUAAUCACUUACAAUUCCUUAUUACAUGCUCUAUGUAAAAACCAUCAUGUUGACAAGGCAAUUGCAUUGAUCAAGAAAAUUAAAAUCCAAGGUAUUCAACCAAAUAUGUUCACAUACAAUAUACUUAUCGAUGGACUAUGCAAGGAAGGGAGACUUAGGAACGCACAAGAGAUUUUUCAGGAUAUUUUGAUUAAAGGCUAUAAGGUAACAGUUUGGACAUAUAAUAUUAUGAUCAAUGGUCUUUGUCUAGAGGGCUUGCUUGAUGAAGCUGAGGCCCUGCUGUCAAAAAUGGAAGACAAUGGAUGCAUUCCUGAUGCUGUAACUUAUGAAACAAUUAUUUGUGCUCUCUUUCAUAAAGAUGAGAAUGAAAAGGCAGAGAAACUUCUUCGUGAAAUGAUUGCUAGAGGACUAUUGUAACAGUAACUAUAGUUAUCCUUUAUAUUUGCAUUGUACUGUCAAUCAGCUUCAUGGUUGUUAUCAGAAUGUAUCCUGCUCGAGUAUCAUAAGCAGUGGUGGUGAAGUUAAAGUGUGUUGGUCUGUUGUUAAGCUUCAGAGGUCGUUUUCUUGUCCUUAGUGUAGUAGUGGCAGACUUGCCUAUGCAAGAAAAGCAGAUUACAAAGGUGUUAACUAAUAGAGGAAGGCUUUGAGUGUUGGGGCUGAAUUGCACAGAGUGGCAGUAGCAAGGGUAAGUAGAGGCUUUUCGAAGGAAGGGUGUGAAGGUAUUGGGGGAGGCAACUUGGAUAGUAUGUUUCGAAACUUGGUAAUUUCUUAAGUGUUGGUACAUUGAUAGAUUGGUUACUGAGUUUUUAGUUUUGAUUGCAAUUGUACAUUGAAUGGCUGAACUCAGUGCCGUGUUGUAAGAGUGCAUUUGGCUUCAGCCUGUUAUGCUGAGACGAUACUGCAAAUUUAUGCAGGUGGCAAGCAUUUUAGAAAUUGAUGAUCUAUCUAGUACCUACUGUGAUUGUUUUGAAGCACAUAUUGUGUUUAAUCUUGUUUGUUGCGCUCUAUCGGACCACUCAAGUUACGCUCUAGAUGUUCAUUCCAGAGUGUGGGUGGAGUGUGUUAAGAGUCUCACGUUAUAUAAUAUAAGGUCUGAAAAUAAUUUUAUAAUUGGGCUAGGACUGUUCAGUUCAGAUAGAUAACUAAACCGAACCAUAACAAUGGUUCAGAAGAACUGAACCGAAAUGCUAUAGUCUUCCUCCGAACCGAACUGAACCGGAUUAAUGGUUCGGUGAACCAGUUCUUAAUUUCGAACCGAACUGUUGUCAUACAAUUUUUUUCCAAACCAAACUGUAUUUUUUGGGUGAACCGAACUGUGUUUAAGACAUCCUUAUGUUGCUAGUAAUAAUGUAACAUCAUAUUUAAAGCUUUACCACAAGAUGUAUUCUGGCCUUCUAUGAUGCUUGAAUUUCAUUUGGACUGUAACUCUAUUCUAUUUUAGCCGACUGUGAAGUUUAUCAUGCAAAUAUAUUCACAAAGCUGCCAUAUUCUGUGAGCUCAGGUUCUCUCCAUAUGCAAGUUUUUGGUAUGUUUACUAACUCUUCCUUUGUUUCAGGCUCAAAGGGAUGAAAUAAUACUAUGUUAUUUUAGAAUAUUUUUUGUCCCUAAAUCUAAAAAAAUGAGGUGAAAAAUAUCUGGUUAAAAGUCAAAUUUUCUCCUUCUUUCGAAUAGACACAUCACACUUGAUAGUUACUUGUGAAUACAAAGGCUGGUGAACUAUGCAAUAGGUAACUAUCACACUUUAGAUUUAAUUAAAAGUCAUGUGUUGUUAUGUUCAUUUUGUUAUUAUAAUGGUAGCAACCGGUGAUUUUUUUUUUAUUCUUGACAUAAUUAUACUUUUUUCCCAAUGUAUUGUCUAUUUUCAUCGUAUGACUGUAAUGAUAUUUUCAUCCAUGUGGCUGAAAUUGUUGAUUCAUUCCUGCUAUAUUAAUCGUAGCUUUUUCAAAGGUUAUGGUUGUAAUUAUUUCAGGAAUGUGUAGUCUAUAGAGAUAAUCUUGAAUUUACUUAUAGGGGGUUCUGUUUGAAUCGGAAGGGGAAACUCUGGGUGUAUUUAGUGUUCACAUUAAUGUUGUUGUUUACCUGAAAAGAGUCAUUCAUAGGCAUAGAAAAUUCAACAUUAGCCUAGAAUCGUACGUUGUCAUAUAAGACAACAUGAUUUGUUUCAACAAUAUUGAUUUGCUCUCCACGGGGCAUCCUAUUUUUUUGUGAUUAUAGUCUUGCUGUUGGCUUGAUUAGUUACUGCAUGGACUCCUUAUUUCUAAAGUAAGUUAAAUUAUCUUCCUUUACCUUUUUUGUGUUGUAUAUUUGGUUUGUAUCAAUCACUAGAUUUGAUUAUAGUGUCUGUAACUGUAAUAUUUGGUCGAGUUUGCAUGGUGUGGAUGAUGUACCUUGGAAUUUAAAAGGCUGUGGAAGGCGGAGGAACAGGGGCAGCGAAGAAGAUGGGGGUAGAGCGUGAGCAGGCUGAUUCAGUUGAGUCUGAGGAAGAACGUUAAUUAAGGCUUUCAGAGUUUUGAAAUGUGGUAGUGGCAGAAUCGUGAGAUUGAGUUCAACAAUGUGUCUGUUACCAACAAAAGAAAUGAACUUUUAAGAGUCUUCAAGAUGUGUCAGUUAAGAGAGGAGGAUACUAUUAUAUUUUCUUCGAGUAUUUGUUAGACUUCUCAUCAGUUUUGCUGUUGAGAGUAAUGAAGAGGUUUAUUAAAGGCUGAGAGUUUUGAAAUGAGGUAGACCUAGAAUUGUGAGAGUGGAAGUGAAUUUUACGUGUCUAUGCUAUAAUGUUAAUAAUAAAUUGGGUGCGAGACCAUGUAUAGAGAGUGGGAACUACAAAUGAACUUGUUUUAGGAGUCUUCACAAUAUGUUUGUUAGAAGAGGAGGAUACUACUAAUUUUUUCUUUGAAUAUAUGUUAUACUUCUCAUCAGUUUGUCAUAAUGAAUGCAUAACAUAGCAUACUAUUCUUUCUUAUCAGUUUUCGGGGCUCUCUUGCUGUAAAACUGAAAGUUUGAAGGUUUCAGAGAUUUUAUAGAUUUCUGUAGUAUGGACAAUCUGGUUGCAGGAUUUUUAGUUUGAAUUAUGAUAGAACACUGAGUUCUAUACGUGUGAUGAUCCAAUCAUUGGGCCCAAUUCAUACAAGCACAUAUUCUAGAAUGUUAUAGAAGCUGUGAGAAUAACAAUUAGUUAGUAGGGAUUAUGCGUUACUUAGUAGGCAAUCUUCUAUUAUAAAAGAAAAGGUAGAGAGGUGAGUGAGGCAUUGAAAAUAUUGUUAUCAAUUUGUUUACGAGAGAAGUUCUCUCUGGAUUAGGAGCUUAGCUUUGGUAGGAGUUCAUAGCUCUCUGGUUAUCCCUUUCUUUUUCUGUUAUUACAUCCAUUGUAUUCACAUACAUUGCAAUAAAAAUCCAUUUCACUGUUUCUGAA